GAGCCCGGAAUGAAUCAGCCCGGAGGCUGCGGGAGUCCGAAGGGAAGCAGGCCCCGCCCCGCGGAACCAGGGCAGCCGCCGGACUUAAAGCGGCGAUACCGCUGUGGCGCUAGGGACUGCACUUAAAAGGGCAGUGCGGUCUCGCCACUGUGUUCGAACAAACCAGAGGCAAACUCACUAGGGUAGCCAGCAGGUUUUUCACAGGACUCAGGUACCAGGAGUCCCACCCUACAGGUGACGGAGACUCAGGAGAGAAACCAAACCCACGAAACGAGGGACAAAACCCUAAGGUGGAUCCCCAGAGUAGUGCAGUGCACUCUUUCUUGCUCGCUCUCCAUCUCUCUGUAUCUCUCUAUCUCUUUUUCUCCCUCCUUUCUCCUCUCCUCUCCUCUCACUCUCACUCCCCUGGUCCUAAGAAUAGGGAGUCCACAGCCACUGUGGCCCAGCACGCCUAGAGACUGCAUCUUUCCUGCGCUCCUCCCCCCGGCCGCAGGGGGCGCUGAGAGCCGCCUGGGGUUUGCAUGGCUCCUGGCAGCAUCUUUUCUGCUCUCUCUACCCCGGCCGCAGGGGGCGCUGGGAAUGGGCUCGAGGCUGCGCGCUGAUUGGCUCCUCCGGAAAGAGUAGUCCCUCGUUAGUUUAAGGAACUCACCAUUUGACUAGAAUUAAGGUCGGAAUUUCUCAAACUCCUUUGCUGUGGGGACAGAGGACCCUGAAGGGUCUGGAUGCUUAAAGAAGACUCUUUGAAGGCUGCUUCUGGAACACAAAAGCAUGGAUCCCAGCAGUGACUACCAUUUCCUCAACCAGAUUUUGUGGAGAAGGGUGAAGCUCACACUGGUGUCUGGCAUCUUUGAGGGCGUGCUCCAGCACGUGGAUCCUAACAAGAUUGUUGUCCUGAAAAACGUGAGGAAUGCAGAGUCGGGCCGCAGCGUCCCAGGGGUGAAAGUGUUCUUCGGGCACGAGAUCUUGAAUGUGGAACUAAUGGAUGAAGCAGAAGGUGCAUCGGGGGAGAAGGCAUCCGCUGUUAGCAUAAAUACAGAACGAGCUGGAAUGGAGAAAGUGAAAAAUGAAGACGUCAAUGUCUGUGAGCCGGCUUCACCUGCACCAGAGGUGCCAACCAGCUCUCUCCUCAGUGACCUCAAGUACUGCCCGUCAGAGGAAGAGGAGGUGACAUACACAGUCAUUGAUCAGUUCCAGCAGAAGUUUGGUGCUGCAAUGCUCCACAUCAAGAAGCAGAGUGUCCUGAGUGUUGCUGCCGAAGGCGCCAAUGUGUGUCGCCAUGGGAAACUCUGUUGGCUUCAGGUGGCCACAAACAGCCGAGUUUACUUGUUUGAUAUUUUCCUUCUGGGAAGUCGUGCUUUCAAUAAUGGACUUCAGAUGAUCUUAGAAGACAAGAGAAUCUUAAAGGUUAUCCACGAUUGUCGCUGGCUCUCUGACUGCCUGUCUCAUCAGUAUGGAAUCAUGCUGAACAAUGUCUUUGAUACACAGGUAGCCGACGUCCUUCAAUUUUCUAUGGAAACGGGUGGCUUUCUUCCAAACUGUAUCAGUACUUUGCAGGAGAGUUUAAUCAGACACCUUAAAGUUGCUCCCAGAUACCUUUUCUUUUUAGAAGAGAGACAGAAACGUAUUCAGGAAAAUCCAGAAAUAUGGUUGACAAGACCUCUUCCACCCUCUUUAUUGAAAAUCUUGGCCCUGGAAACAACCUACCUGCUUCCACUUCGAUUGGUGCUCCUGGAUGAGGUGAUGUCAGACUUAACCACACUGGUGGAUGGGUACCUGAACACCUACCGGGAGGGCUCUGCAGACCGGCUUGCAGGCACAGAGCCUGCGUGUAUGGAGCUGCCAGCAGAGCUUCUUCAACUCCAGGACUUCCAGAAACAGCGCAGAGAGCGAGCUGUGAAGGAGUACAGAGUGAACGCACGGGGCCUCCUCAUAAGGACUCCACUGCACCCAAAGGAGCCGACAGCUUGCACAGCAGGGAAAGAGGAGCGAGUCCAGGGUUUCUUAUUUUAUAAGACGGAUGGUGGAGACCAAGUUCCACGCUUUUUAUGUCCCAAAUCUCAUGAGGAUGAGAAGUUUUUGGAUAAAGAAUCUAAACAAACCACAGCAAAGUCUCAGAUUGUGCCUCCCAGGAAGGAAGGCGAAGCCCAUAAGGACUCUAAGAACAAACCGGGGUGUUGGGAGUCAGCGGGGCCAGAAGACCCGAGAGCCCAGAAAGCCCACGCCCUGCCUCCCACGUGGGCAUCUCAGUCCCAGUUUUCUUUGAAAGAGGAGAUAGAGCAGUUGACAGUGGUGGGAAAUAAGGGAGCUUUAACAAGCCCAAAAGAAGGCGCUUUGGUGUCGCCUUCUCUCCUUCAGGAAACCUGGGAGGCACCAACUGACACCUUCCAUCUUCCUGAAAAAGCUGAGGUCUCUACACUUCCUCCCUGUCCAGCCCUGGAGAAGACAGACUCAUGGAUAAGUCCAUCUUUAAAUCUGUUUUAGGCCAACAGAGACCCUGUGAGUUUCUCAUGGGGUCGGUUGGUUAGGUCUCAGCCACAGGCUUCUGGGCACAUGGUGGCCUUAGCCACAGGCUUCUGGGCACAUGGUGGCCUUAGGCUUAGUGCUGAAGCCUGCUGUCUGCAUUAGGAGGGGCCUAAGAAGAGCAGUAAUGGGUGAGGUCAAACAUGCCAUUCCAUCAAUGUAUGAGGAAAUCGUCUCUGUAGCUGACCCAUCUUAUCUUUAGCUCGGACUCAGUGUCUGGAAGAAUCUGGUUCAGGGAUGCUGUAGGGCCGCUCUUGUGGGUGGCAGAGAGCUGGGGCAGCUGCACAGACCCCCACUUAAGUCUGUAACAUCACCAGAAAAGAAAAGGUGUAGGGUUUUAUCUGUUUGGGUUUGUUUUGCCCUUAGAUUGACGUAGAUCUAAACACAUCUUACUUCCCUACAGGUUAGAAAUGUAUUCUGUCAACUUCACAAGUACUGCUCUUCCUUAAGACCUUAAGUGAACUGUGAACUUUUGUGUUUUGUAUCAGGGUUUGGGAACAGGUGAUGUCACUGUAGAGGGUAUUUGCUCAACUUUCUUUAUAUUGCAUUAAUCUUAAGAGAGCAGGGUGCUAGCUUCUCUGUUGUUAUUUCCUUCUAGUAAAUGUAAAAUUUGAGUUCAUUGGACUGACCUAGAGGUGUUACACUUCCUGAGAGAAAAAAAAAAAGCAACCUGAAAUGAGGGCAUUUGUGGGACGCUCACACGUCAAUAAGCCUGCUUUGGCAUCAGAUCAUCUCUUUUUCUCUUUCUCUCUCUCUCUCUCUCUCUCUCUCUCUUUCUCUCUCUCUCUCUCUCACUCUCUCUCUCUCUCUCUCUCUUUGGUUUUUCGAGACAGGGUUUCUCUGUAUAUCCCUGGCUGUCCUGGAACUCACUCUAUAGAUCAGGCUGGCCAGAAAUCUGCCUGCCUCUGCCUCCCGAGUACUGGGAUUAAAGGUGUGCGCCACCACGCCCGGCUCUUUUUCUCUUUUUUGAGUGAGUAUAAAGAUUUUAGGGUAAUAUCUGAACUUCUUCUUUUUUUUUUUAAAGAAUUAUUUACUUAUUUUAUGUAUAUGAAUACACUGUAGCUGUCUUCAGACACACCAGAAAGGGGUGUUAGAUCUCAUUAUGGGUGGUUGUGAGCCACCAUAUGGGAAUUGGGAUUUGAACUAAUGAACUCUGGAAGAGCAGUCAGUGCUCUUAACCACUGAGCCAUCUCUCCAGCCCAUAUCUGAACUUGUAGGUCUAGAGUCUUGUUUAGAAAUCUGUAUUCUGCCGGGCAGUGGUGGCACAUGCCUUUAAUCCCAGCACUUGGGAGGCAGAGGCAGGCGGAUUUCUGAGUUCGAGGCCAGCCUGGUCUCGAAACAGAGAAACCCUGUUUCGAAAAAAACAGAAAAAAAAGAAAAGAAAAGAAAAAUAAGAAAUCUGUAUUCUACCUAGAUACAGUGAUGCAUAUCUCUAAGGCCAGCACUCAGGAGGUUAGACAGAGAUGGAUGGGCAUUUGAGGCCAACUUAGGCCUCAAUCUCCAGUUAUAGGACUGUCGGUGCACCUUGGGGAUACAGGGACAGUCCAGAAUUAGCAUUGGACAACCAAUUGUUUUAUGACUGUCUCAGAUUUUCAGAACCAAAUCAUGACAUAGUGGCCAUCCCUGUAAUCCCAGCACUCUCAUGAGAGGGCAAAGCAAGAGAAUCCAAAACUCAAGGCCGUUCUCAGCUGUGUACUGUGUCCCACGCGGGCACAGGAGACCUAUUUCAAAAAUCAAACUAAAUGAACUACUCUUUUUUUUCUUUAAAGAUUUAUUUAUUUAUUAUAUAUGUCUACAUUGUAGCUGUCCUCAGACACUCCAGAAGAGGGCAUCAGAUUUCGUUACGGAUGGUUGUGAGCCACCAUGUGGGUGCUGGGAUUUGAACUCAGGACCUUCGAAAGAGCAGUUGGUGCUCUUAACUGCUGAGCCAUCUCUCCAGCCCAUGAGAGGGGAUUUUAAAAUGAAAGUUUUCAAAUUUUUUAUUUUCUGUGUAUGAGUGUUCUGCCUGCAUGUAUUAUCUGUACACCAUGUGCUCUCAGAAACCAUGGGAAGACCAGGCAGUGGUGGCACACAACUUUGAUCUAGGGCUUGGGAGGCAAGACAGAUCUCUAAGUUUAAGGCCAGGCUGGUCUACAGAGUGAGUUUCAGGACAGCCAGGGCUACAGAGGGAAAAAGGAAGCAGAGGCAGACAGUGGACCCCCCAACCCUAAACAAGACAUUUCUACCAUUUCCUCUGAAGCUCAGGGAACGUGGCAGAACAGGACAUAGAAGGAUGAGCCAGGGACUACAGGGCUACAAAUACCUUUUUCUGGACAAGACAGAGCCAUUGCAUCACAAAUUUACAACAGCUGCAAAUGACUACACAAGAGAGGGCUGUCACUUAAAGUAAGAAAAAAGAUCCACAUGCCUUUGAAUCCCAGUGAAUCUGAGUUUGAGGCUAGCCUGGUCUACAGAGCAAGUUCCAGGACGUCCAGGACUACACAGAGAGAUCCUGUCUUGAAAAAGAAACCAAUAUCUGAGUAAGGCUGAGCCUGUCAGUGAAGCCUGGGUGGAGGAGGGCCUCAGGCCUACCUCUCCGUGCUGACAGAUUGAGUGGGCCAGGAACCACUACCGUUAGUACACAAGCAAUGUCACAAAUGACAGUGACCCCAUCAGGCUCCCCGGUGGGUAGUUCCAAACCAGAGGUCAUACAGUUGACCCUGGUUAAACUCAAAAAAGGCCAAAAGCUAUGAAUCUGUUAAAGGAGCUGGUAAGGAUGAGAGAAGGUGUGUGUGUAUGAAUCACAAUACCUUAAAUGACACUGUCAAAGAACAGAAUCAAUAAAGUGAUGUAUGGAUGGCAUCCAGACAAGCUGCCCAGUCAGUCCAUAACUGCUAAUCCACCAUCCCUUCCCUCCUCUCCCUUCCCGGAUUGCUGGCCCUCGGGGCUCUUGCCCUUGCUUUGUUGUUAUUACAGAGUUCUUCUUUAAAGUACUUCAGCUUUAGCUGUCAGGUGGCUUUCAAGUUGUAAACAGUGAUGCACUUGGGGGAAUUUGCGAGCUCCAGAAUGCAGAAGUAGUCACUGAGGCUCUGUGGCGGCAUCAGAGCCCCAGGCUUCGCUCACUGGCCUCUAGUUUACACUGUCAUCAGAUGAUCCCAGCAGCUGUUUACAUCUAACAGCUGUCACUGUUGCUCCUAAAGAAAAGGAAGAGGGGGAUUCAAAAUUAAAAUUUUAUGGCAACAAAAAGAGAGGAUGAAAUGGGCUGCAGGUAGGACUCUAGUUACUGCUUAGAUGCUGUUCUCUUUGCAGAUUAUUUACUUCUUUAUAUGUGUAGGGUUGUUGUGUAUGUAAGUCAGUGUACCCCAUGCACGUAGUACUUAGGGAGGCCAGAGAAGAGCACUGGCUCUGCUAUUGCUGGAGUCGUGGAUGCUGGAAAGGUCUCCUGGAAGAGUAGCCAAUACUCGUAACUGCUAAUCAGUCUCUCCAGCUGCCACCCAUUGUCUUCUUGCUGCAUUCUGAAUAAACAUUUUCUUUUUUAAAAAA